UCGUUUCAACGCAUCCAAAAAACUUUAUUUUUUUUAUGAAAACGGCAGUCACAGCCUCGUAGGGUUAUUUGCUGUUCGUCCUCCUCCUAUCGACUGCGGCGGCGACGAGGCCGAGAAAACCGACACUGCGGCGGAGAAGCCAUAUUUCUAAACGCUUACAUUUCAGUUUUGAUUUACCAAGUGUCGGUGAUGGCCUCAAUCUCGACAUGGUUCAGAUACAUGGCACACAAGCUCGAAUACUCCCUCACCCUCAGUCUCAAGAGUCAUAGGAGAGAAAAACUGAGUGACAGAGAACUCAUUCAAAUCAUCUUCAAGAAUCUAUUCCAUGGGAAGAUAACCUACUUACAUUCUGGCAAAGGAGUAGAGAUGUCCCCAACCAUGGCUGCACACGAGAACACGCUUCUUGUCCGUAAGAUACCAAUUGCUAACACCAGGUAUCUGUUCGUUGGAGAUGCUGUGGUCUUAAAGGACCCAAACGAUUCAGACAAGUAUCUGGUGAGAAGAUUAGCAGCCGUAGAAGGAUUCGAAAUGGUAUCAGGUGAUGCAAAGGAGGAACCUUUUGUCCUCGAGAAGGAUCAGUGUUGGGUAGUUGCUGAAAACAAGGAUAUCAAAGCUAAGGAAGCAUACGAUAGUCGAACAUUUGGUCCAGUUUCAACUGCAGACAUUGUUGGAAGAGCUAUAUAUUGUCUGAGAACAGCCGUGGAUCAUGGUCCCGUUCGAAACAGUCACACUGCGAUGGGACAAGAUUCUCCAAUCCUGGCAGUAGAAUUGGACGUGGACGAGAUGGCUAAAAACCACAAGGCACAAUAAAGAGAGAGAGUGACACUUUCUUGUUUUUUUUUUUUGUGUGUCAAAGCUUACAUUGCGUUAUUUGUUUGAAAUAUGAGUAAACGAAUAAACCAUACAAUGAUGAUGAUGAUGAAUCAGAAAAUUUCACGUUCCAGAACAA